AUGAUAAUAGAUAGGGUAGAGGUAGAAACUAUCAAUUCUUUUUCGAAAUCGGAAUUAUUAAAAGAAGUCUAUGGACUGAUAUCGAUUCUACCCAUUUUGACCCUCCUUUUAGGAAUUACAAUAGAGGUACUCGUAAUUGUGUGGUUAGAAAGAGAAAUAUCUGCGUCGAUACAACAACGUAUUGGUCCUGAAUAUGCUGGCCCCCUGGGCCUGCUUCAAGCUAUAGCAGAUGGGACUAAACUACUUUUUAAAGAAGAUAUUCUGCCAUCGCGAGGAGAUAUUUCUUUAUUUAGCAUUGGACCUUCUAUAGCAGUCAUAUCAGUUUUAUUAAGUUUUUUAGUUAUCCCUUUGGGAUAUCAUUUUGUUUUAGCCGAUCUUAGUAUUGGUGUUUUUUUAUGGAUUGCCAUUUCAAGUAUAGCUCCUAUUGGUCUUCUUAUGGCAGGAUAUAGCUCAAAUAAUAAAUAUUCUUUUUCAGGCGGUCUACGAGCUGCUGCUCAAUCCAUUAGUUAUGAAAUACCAUUAACUUUUUGUGUGCUAGCAAUAUCUCUACGUGUGAUUCGUUAAAAUAGGAUCUUUUUCCUAUAAAAUCCAUUAACUAUUUAUAUUCCUUUUCUUAUUUAGUAUUUGGGUUGGUAAGUUAAACUAGAUAGCUAUAUGAGUGAAAUAAAACAGCUUCUAAAUUUGUAGUAAAAA